AUGUCUCGUCUUAGAUUGACGAUUCCUUCUGCGCCAAAUCGAGCUGCGGUAGUGAUUGAGAAGGAUAUAACCGACCCAUACAAAUGCGGUGCUCUACUCAAUAAAGGCCAAUGGCUCGAUCCAGGUCCAAGAUGGAGCUCGAGAAAUCCUUUUCAGAAUUGGCAACCUCCAGGAUGUAUGAUGUAUGAAUACAAACGAAAAGAUAUCCAAGAAUGUUUCCAAGAACGCAGAUUAGUCUUCAUUGGAGAUUCCACGACUCGACAGAUUUUCUGGGCUGUUGCAAAGAAGAUGGAUCAAGAAAGGGCCGAGGAAGAAAUCACGGAACAUUUAGAUAUGGAAGAGAAACAUAAAGAUUUGGAGUUUAGUUCUUCGGGUGUGACGGUUAAUUUCAUUUGGGAUCCAUAUUUGAAUUCUACGGGACUGGAUCGAGAGUUAAAGAGCUUUGAUGCCAAUCCCGCGCAAGAUUCCAAGGUGGAUGAGAGUGCAGGGUUGAUCUUAUUGGGGGCUCCAGGAUUAUGGUAUGCGAGACAUGGACAGGAGAAUUUCUUCAAGGAUUUUAGAGAUUCGAUUGAACAUGUGAUUCCAUUUAUGGAUCAUGCUGGGGGAGAACAUGCGUUACGAGCCGCAGCCUCACAACCAUUUCCUUCGAGGAAGAAAUCUCCGAAUUUCUUGCUAUUGGCUCCGGUUCAGGUACCAUGGUAUCAGGCAUUAUCACCAUCUCGAGAGGAAACCAUCACACCGGAAAAGAUUGACCAGAUGAAUGAUUAUCUGCAACAAGUUUCUGCACAUUCGGAAGCGGAUAUUGUGUGGAGUUAUUCCCUCAUGACUUGGGCUGGUCGAGGUGAAUAUGAGGAGAGUGGAUUGCAUGUGGUUGAUAAUGUUGCGCAUCGGAAAGCUGAUGUUCUACUUAACCUUCGUUGUAAUGCGGAUGCUGCCGAACGAGGGUAUCCAUACGAACGAACAUGUUGUCAUAACUAUCGACAACCAAAUGCUAUUCAAUGGCUUCUCCUUCUCGUUGGAAUGAUCUUACUUCCUUGUGUCUUUUUACUACGUCGUAAGCAUGUUCUACGAAUUGGUCGUUUCUUACCUCCGCCAGAGGUUCUGGGUGCUUUUAUGACUUUUGCUUUGGUAAUUUGCUAUUGUUAUUACGCAGAUCGAACACAGUUAUUUGAGAAAGAGCAUAAGCAAUUCCGUAGGAGAGAAUUUCUGAUUGCUUCUUCCGUUGUACUUAUUGCUGGUUUGGUCACAGUCCGAACGAGCAAUCCUUUGAGUCCUUCCAAGGGAAUCCAUGAAGUUGGAGCUCACUCCCCCGAUCAUGGAUUUCUCUCGAGAGAUCAAACGGAUGAGUGGAAAGGAUGGAUGCAAUUCUUGAUUCUCAUUUAUCAUUAUACCCAUGGUUCGAAGACGCUAUGGUUAUUCGAAAUCAUGCGGAUUCUGGUGGCGGGUUAUCUUUUCAUGACCGGCUAUGGUCAUACCAUGUAUUUUCUGAAGAGAGAAGAUUAUUCAUUCAAGAGAGUAGCCGGUGUUCUCAUUCGACUCAAUUUAUUAACUUGUGCCCUGGCAUACAUGAUGCGUACUGAUUAUAUGGCUCAUUAUUUUGUACCACUAGUCAGCUUCUGGUUUUUGGUAGUCUACUUUACCUUGAAGAUUAGACGAGAGGAUAAUUCCAAUAUCGGGUUCUUGUUGGGGAAGAUCUUCGUCUCAGCUGUACUUACGACGGCUUUCAUCAAGAUACCUGGUAUUUUGGAAGUCUUGGCUUUUAUUCUCAAGUAUUCAUGUGCGAUUACAUGGAAUAUGAAAGAAUGGAGAUAUCGUGCUUCGAUGGACAUGUUUAUUGUUUACAUCGGCAUGAUAACCGCGAUUCUCUACCAACGUCUCACACGCGUCAAAACCGCCUCCAUAAGCUGCACCUCCAAAAUCGACAUCCUCCUUCGACCCAUAGCCCGCCACCCCACCCUCUUCAAAACCCUCUCCAUAACCAGCUCUCUCAUUCUCCUCCCGUGUUUCCGUCUCCUAACCCAACGUUCAUCUAAUAAAGAAGAUUACCUCUGGUGGCAUCCCUAUAUCUCCUGCAUCCCCAUCCUUGCCUUUAUACGACUCCGAAAUUCGCAUCGCGUUCUAAGGACGUAUCAUUCGACGGUGUUUGCGUGGUUGGGUAGGUGCAGUUUGGAAACUUUUGUGUUGCAGAGUCAUAUUUGGAUGGCGGCGGAUUUGAAGGGGGUACUGAGGGUGGGGGUGUUAGGGAGGUGGGUGGAGGGGGGGUUGUUGACGGUGGUUUUUGGGUGGGUGGCUUGGAGGGUGGAGGGGAGUACGGGGGGGAUUGCGGGGUGGAUUGUUGAUGGGGGGGUUGGUGGAGGUGAAGGGAAUACUUUGGGACAAGGACAAUAUCAUGCGGGAUAUGAAUUGAGUGGUGUAGGACAAGCAGCACCGCUAAAACCGGGUUUAUUACCAAUGGUAGAAGAUGGAGAGGGUACACCGAGUAAGAAUUUCAGAUUUGGUAAUUGGGGUGGUGGUGGGGGUGUGGUUGGGAAUGGGAAUGGGAGUGGAAAUGGAAAUGGAAAUGGAAAUGGAAAUGGAAAUGCGGCAAGGAUGAGAAGAUGGAGAAAUAAAGUUAUGAUGGGUAUGAGAGAGGAUUUGAAGUGGAGAGUGGGUGGUUUGUUGGUGGUUAUGUGGGUGGGGAAUUGGGUUUAUUUGUAG